CAUGCCGCUGAUAGACGUCGGUUUUGAAAUACAGUGCACUCAAUAUUUAUAUGUUACUUUCAAAAGAAAGCCAUAUACCUACAUACGCAUAUGUACUAAAUAUUAGGUUGUUAAGAAAAUGAACUCCUUAAGGAAUAUCGCAGUUCCAUUUGCUUUAAAUUUUAUUACUUACGGUGCAGUUUCUGGAGGUAAGACUUGUGAAUUGUAGAACCAUUAAGCUCUGAGCUCUCACAGCCAUCAAUGCCUUAUCACCAAUUUGUAUGUAUUUGACCUAUAACAAACAGCAGGCGUUCACAGACAUCGGUAUGUGAAAGACAAUAUAAUAUAAACGGGUUAUGGAGCUUGCCAAACGCCAAAUGGCAAAAUCGGCGAAUGUAUUUUAAUACAAAAAUGCACUGAACUAUAUAACAUGGCCGUUAAACCUAAUUUAGAAGAAGUGGAUAUAACAUUUUUAAGGCAGAGCAGAUGCGGUUCACUUGGUAAAAAUAUUCUGGUUUGCUGUCUUAAGCCAGUAAGUGGAAAUCUAGAUCACUGCGAAACUCCGAAUGGCAAAAACGGACAUUGCAAAUCUAUAUUUGAAUGUGGUUCAUUAUUACCAUUAGUUAAAGACAAUUUAUCGGCAAGGGAGAGAAAUUUCUUGGCCAAAAGCGUGUGUGGACAAGGCAAUCGACAGGUGUGCUGCCCCGAUCCACCCACCAAUACUCGUGGAGAUUUACCUUUGCCACCGAGCUGUGGAAAUAUUCCACUAAAAGAACGAAUUUUUGGUGGAUCUGCGACAGAUAUUGAUGAAUUCCCAUGGACAGCUUUGCUUAUAUACGCUAAAGGGAGCGGUGGCGAAGGUCUUCACUGCGGUGCUAGUCUCAUUAACGACCGCUACGUUUUAACGGCAGGACAUUGUGUUAGCAAGCGUGUACUCCCUGCACAUUGGCGCUUAACUGGAGUUCGUUUGGGUGAAUGGGACUUAGAGACACAAAACGAUUGCAAAUUUGAUAGCAAGGGCAAUAAACUCUGUUCGAGUCCACAUAUCAAUUUAAAUAUUGAGGAAGAAAUAUGCCAUCCACUAUACGAUGUUAGAACCCAAACAUAUGAUAUAGCCUUACUGCGUCUUCAAGAAAGAGUCAAUUUCAAUGCUUUCACCAGUCCUAUUUGUUUGCCGAUAACCACAAACUCUUCGGCAAGUAAUUAUGAAGGCGUUACUAUGGAUAUUGCUGGUUGGGGUGCAACAGAAACAUCCAAUAGUAGCCAAAAGAAAUUAAAAGCGUUGGUGAGAGGUGAAAAUCUGGAAAAGUGCAAAGCAAAAUACCGUACUUACACUAGAAUCGAGUUAGGCAACAGUCAAAUGUGUGCGGGCGGUGAGAAAAGUAUUGACACGUGUCGCGGUGACUCUGGAGGACCACUAAUGUUUGCUCAAUCUGUUAAUGGAAGAGAAGCAUACUUUUUGGUUGGUGUAGUUUCGUUUGGUCCCUCACCGUGUGGACAAGAGGGCUUCCCCGGUGUUUACACCCGUGUAGAUGCUUUCAUUAGUUGGAUACAAAACACUAUUAGAACGUAAAGAGUUUCCUUGCUUUUAACCAGACAGAAAAUAACAGUUAUUGCUUUAUUUUUUAUUAAAAAAAUUAUUAUGAAAGAAAGGUCGGAUAUAUAUGACGUAAAAAUAAAAAAAUUUAUGUUUUGAUUUUUUUUUCACUUACAAAAUAAGAAUUAUUUCAUAACUUCUAUUUAUUUCUCACAGAUGAAUAGAUAUGCGGUGAGUUUUUUGUUUUUCCUUAACAAAUAAUACUAAGCUAAGUUAUUAUUUGAUAGGGCAAAACAAAAACAAACUUACUCUUCAACUCUUAUAGCAAAAGAGUUAAAUAAAACUCAUUCAUUAUUCUAUGAGCAAUAAAUAAAAGCUAUGAAAUAACUCUUAUUUAGCAAAAUAUAAAAAUAUAACGAUUAUUUUGUCAGGAAAAAAUAUAAAUUGAACAAUAAUUAUUAAACUGGAUUUAUUCCCCAUUUACACAUAGCUGUUAUGAUCUUCCUUUUUAACUCUUCUUAAUACAUAUGUGUCUGAAAAACAAAAAAAUAUGUGUUUUUUUUUACAUCGAUAUAUAU